AUGGAACCCGAGCCGGCGGCUGAUGUCGCGGCGCCGUUCGACUCCUCCAAACCUCUCAAAGGCAUCAUAUUGCGCAAAACAGCGAGCCUCGGCGGCGUCUUCACGGCCGAUCUCACCGUCGAGGUGACGCACCUUCUCGUCGGGGACUACGAUACCGCAAAAUACCGCCAUGCUGCCAAGUCACUUGCCCACGUCAAGGCUAUGGAUGCCGGCUGGGUCGAGGCCCUCGCGGACCUCUGGCGUGCGGACGCCCCCAUCGAUUUCGCCGCCGUCGAGACCGAAUGGCAGCUCUCACCCCUCGAGACGGGCGGCGCGGAAGGGUCGGUUCUCGAGUACGACUCGGAGGAGCUACGGAGGAGGAGGAAGAGGUUGACCGUGUGCCUCACGGGAUUUCUCAACCUCGAGGAACGAACAGCUCUACAGGAAAAGAUCACCGCCCACGGCGCCGACUACUCUGGCGAGCUCAACCGGCGCUGCACGCACCUCAUCGUAUCCAAGCCCGAAGGCCAAAAGUACCUCGCCGCGCGCAAGUGGGGGCUCAAGGUGGUGGCUCUCGAAUGGCUCACGCACACGGUCGAGCGCGGCAUGGUCCUCGACGAAAAGUACUACGACCCCCUCCUACCCCCGAAGAGCGCGGCCGCGGGGCCCGGACGACCCGGACACGUCUCUCGGCAAGAGGCAGAGGCUGCUCGAUUCCUUUGCGGAGCCGGCGGGCGCCCCGCGCAGGAAGCUGCGCAAGACGGCGAGCAUGAAGCUGAGCUCUCAGAGGGAAACCGUCUGGGGGAUAUUCUCGGCGGGAGCGCCAAGGCGCCGGUCGCGGAGGUGGGGACGCCGUCCGGGUCCGGCGAUGCAGCUACGCCACCCGCUGAACGAACUGCGCCCGAAGCCCCCGUACCGGCACCGGCCGCUGCUCCCGCCGCUCCCCAGCCGAAUCCGGACGCCGGCAUCUUUUCCACUUCUUGCUUUUAUAUUCGCGGUUUCGACGACCGCCGAUCGGGUAUCCUUGAUCAGACCAUCACCGCCCUCGGCGGCCGCGUGUGCCGCACCCUCGACGAGGUCCGCCGCGCCCGCGCGCCGUACCGGCCUUGGCAUCGCUUCCUCCUCAUUCCUCAGGAUUCCUCCGCUAUCCCCGAUGACCUCCGCGCAGCGGCGGAUGCAUCAGCCCCUCCCGACGCCAUGAAGAGCGAUGACACUAAUGACAACAACAAUAAGAAUAACAAUGACGACGACGACAACGACAACGACAACGACGCCCCCAGCUCCGCGGGCUUCUCCGGCAUCGACCUGCACCACCUCGACCGCGCCGCCCAGCAGCUCGGCGCCCGCUUCGACGAGACGUUUCGCCGCGCCACCUCGCUCCUCUUGUGCAGGGACCUCGCGCGCGUGAGGCGCGAGAAGCUGCGGCUUGCCCUAAGCCACGGUAUUCCAGUUGUCGCGGAGCGCUGGCUGUGGGAGUGCGUUUCCCGCGGGGAAAAGCUGCCCCUGGGGCCUUUUAUGUUUCCUGAGCUCAAUCAAACGGAUCCCGCCGCGCAGCCUGCGGCGACCGGCGACGAGAAGCAGAACAAGCAGCAGCCGCAGCCGCAGCAGUCGUCAUCGUCUACUGCAAAGCCCGCCGCCGCGGCCCCGGCACCUCGAGCGAGCCGGACCGUCGGCGGAUUCGAGGCGGACGCCUUUGACGACGACGAGGACGAAGACACACGGCCCACCAAUAUCAGGAGUGCUCCGGACAAGAGCUUUACUACGACAGCGUCGGCACGGUACCUCACCGCGCGUACGCACAUCUUUGACGACCGCGACGACUUUUCCGCGGCCGCGGCAGCGGCUCCCACAAUCGCCUUGCUCGGUAGCGGCGGCAGCAGCGGCAGCGACCGCGGCGGACCCUUCACCCCGACCGUGUCGGACAAGGAGGCGGAGCAGCCCAAGCAGCCGAGUUCGCAGGAAACGGCGCGCGCCCAGGAAGAAGCCCGCGCUCAGGCGCGCGCGCAGCAGCUUCUCGCCUUCUCCUCCAAACUCACCUCCCUCGUGGCGCCGUCGGCCGGGGCGGGGAUCCAGGCACCAUCUUCGGCCGGUGCCCUCCCGGCGCAGCCUACCUCGCCCACGAGGGAUAGGCGCCGUCGCGGCAUUCUUGGGCGCGCGACGAGCACUUCGUCGGCUUCGAGCGUGAGUCUCGCGGCUGCUGUUGCUGGAGGCGUCGGCGGCGGCGGCGGCGGCGGCACUACUGGAGCGGGCGCUGCCUCUACGCAUGGGCUUACGCGGCGGGAAUCCUCGGGGAGCAAGGCCCGGAGCGUGUCCGUUGUGGACGACGAUCAGGAGGAUAGUCUUGGUCUGGGGGACGGUCAUUCCCUGCUUACGCAGGUGGAGUAUGAUGACCCCGGGGCUGCGGAGGCGAGGGCGAAGAUUUUGGGGCGCGUUGCGUCCGAGGCGGCGCCUCCCUCCACUACGGUCUCCCGAGGUCGGAGGGUUAGAUCUCGGUAA